UCAUUGUUGAUUACUGUGAUGUUUCAGAUCACCUUCUACGAGGACAGAAACUUUGGGGGGCGGUCCUGGGAGUGCAGCGGAGACUGUGGCGAUUUCUCUUCCUACCUCAGCCGCUGUCACUCCUGUAGGGUGGACAGUGGCUGUUGGAUGAUGUAUGACCGCCCCAACUACAUGGGAAACCAGUACUUUAUGAGGAGGGGAGAAUACCCUGACUACAUGAGCAUGUGGGGAUGGAAUAACUGCAUCAGAUCUUGCCGCAUGAUCCCCAUGUACAGAGGGACCUACAGAAUGAGGAUCUACGAGGGUGAGCAUUUCGGAGGAAUGAUGCAUGAUAUGAUGGAUGACUGUCACUCCAUCAUGGAUCGCUACCGUAUGUCCGACUGCAUGUCCUGCCAUGUGAUGGAUGGCCACUGGCUCAUGUACGAGCAGCCCCAUUACGAAGGAAGGAUGUGGUACUUCGGGCCUGGAGAAUACAGAAGCUUCAGACACAUGGGAUUCAGAUGCAUGAGCAUGAGACGCAUCAUGCAUUCCUGGUUUUAG